GGAGGAGGCGGGCCUUGCGUACGUUGUUGCUGACCCCGCCAUCUUGGCAUCUGUGGCCGCUUUCUUCUCCCAGCUCUGUGUUCUGGAUUGCACCUAGUGUCUGUCGCCGUGUGACUCGCUGGUACCUGGACACCCAGCGCGAGGCGGGGCGCUCACCUGAGUCCCGAAAUGGGGUUGGUGUCAUUUGAAGACGUAGCAGUGGACUUCACUUGGCAGGAAUGGCAGGAGCUGGAUGCUGCUCAGAGGACCCUCUACAGGGACGUGAUGCUGGAGAACUAUAGCAGCCUGGUAUCCUUGGGUGAGUCUCAUUCCCUGGCAGCUCUCAGCAAUUACUUUCCUCUUGGCUGAGAACUGUUGGUAUUAUCGCAAACUUUUAAUAUAACACUAAGUUGCUCAUAUUUUAGCUUGCCUGUGUUGAUGCCGUACAUACAUAAAGAACUGUGUGGCUUGGGAAAUACUCUAGAUAAUAUAUGAUUAUCUGAUGAAGCCAGGCAGCAAGUCUGCCAGCUUAGACACAACCUGUUUGUGAUAGGAACAUUUAAAUUCUCUCUGAUAGCUACUUUGAAAGAUUGAUUUAAUUGUUGUCAAAUAUAUUUAUUACCGUAUAUAGAAUGUAAAUUCUGUGUCCCUUGCCUGUGUACUUGGAGCAAAUACUAACCACCCCUCUCUACCUCCCCACACCCGCCAUGUCUGCUCUUGGAACUGCCAUUUUCUCUAUUUCUUUGAGGUCACCUUGAACUUGCAAAUGUAGUGAGGGCAUGCAGGAUUUUGAUUUUUUGUGACAGACAUAGUUCAUUUACUUUGUCUUUGUUGUAAGAUAUCAUCUGUUUACCCCACCCAAGAAAAUAUCCAUUUCUUCCAAUCUGGUGAACCAGAGAGUGUAUUUGUUGUAGUCAGAUAAAGUGACUCUCAGACAGUGGUAGCCCUGAAGACACCGCCUCUUACUCAGUUUUGCCCUCUACGGCACAUGUACUUGGGCAGAAGGGGUCUGAGUCGCUCUCUUGAGCAUCCGGUCCAUCCGAAUCCAUUUCAAAUCCCCAGCAUAACCCUGAAUAGGUAUGGUUUUGCUUGGGGCUGUUCAGUCUCUUCCAGUGGUUUCUGUGUCUCUUUUGGCGGCCAUUUCCUACGUCUCUUUGGAAUGAGGUUUGAAGGUAGAUACUAAGAGCUACAUGUUUGUGCUUUCCGAUCAAGAUGCUUUGCUACUUUGGGGUCUCUGGAGCUUUUAUAUUAUGUUUAAGGCAUUGUUUGGGACAGUGUUUUUCUGUUUAUGUGGAGAAGUAUGUCUAUUUUACUAUGAGGAUAUUAUUGAAUCUGCAAACCACUUUGAAAGUGUGGGAACUUUUUCCUUCAGUAUUACUUCCAAUUUGUUAACAUGGAAUAUGGUGACUUAUAUUCUGUGUCUUACCCUGGGUAUCUCCCGAAUCCAUGUAUCAUGGAGUCUCUGCAGGGUUUGGCACAUCUUCUCCCACUGAGGACAGACAACGCAGCUCUGUUGGGGAACAGAUUUCACAGUUAGGCAACAGCUUUAGGGAUAGUCUUCCUGCUAUUGUUGGGAGACCCUCAUGGAGACUGAAAUGCACAUCUGCCACUUAUGUUCCCGGGGUCUUGGUCCAGCCUAUGUAUGCCCUUUGGUUGGUGGCUCAGUCUCUGAGAGUUCCCAAUGAUUCAGGUUAGUUAACUAUGCUGCUCUUUCUGUGGAGUUCAUAUCCCCUUCAGAGCCUUCAGUCCUUCCCCAACUCUUCCAUAAGAUUCCUCUACCUCUGUCCAGUGUUUGGCUGUGGGUAUCUACUUCUGUUUCAGUCAGCUGCUCUGAUGAUUUCAUACACGCACGCAGUGUGUUUUCAGCUUUACGUCUGUUAUCCUCCUGCAGCCUCCUGAUCUCACUGCGCACGCUCGUCUUUCCAGUCCCUGUCUGCCUUCUCUCCUUUUAUGUUGUGUUCUUUUUUUCCUCACUGAAUUUGAUUCUUUGCAUGAACAUGGGAUGUGGUGGGUUAACUCUUGAACUGUGGGCUUUUUUUUCUCUUGGUUUUCUGAGCCACAGUUUCCCAGGGUGCCUUGAACUUGCUUUAUAGUGCAAAGUAUUUCCAAACUUAUAAACAGUCCUCCUGUCACAGCAUAUCGCAUCCUGGGAUUUUUCCAUUUGGUAAAGGGGAGGGUGUGACCUCUUUUAACUUCUCAGUGUUUGGCAAUUUCAGACUGGUAUUAGACUCCUUGGUUAUACAGUAGAGCUGGGGACAUAGCUCAGAGAUGACCUGCCAAGCAUAUUCAAGCCUGUAAAUUCAACCCCUAGAACCACAGAAUGAAAUAAACAAUAAAUAAAUAUUAAAAUUAUUGAACCUUUUAAGAUUCCUUUAAUUUUUUUAGCUUUUAAAUUUCUUUAUUAAAAAUAGAUUUUUAAUAUACUAUAUUCUGAUUAUGAUUCCCCCUCUCCCAACUACUCCCAGAUCCUCCCCACCCAAAUCUACACCCUUUCAUGCUCCCUCUUGUUAGAAAACAAACAGAUAUCUAAAAAAAAACAAAAAAGAAAAAUAUUUAGGUAGCUAUUUUGAAUGGGAAUGUAAAAUUGAAACUUCUCAACAUUUUUUUUAUUGUAUAUACUCUAUUGUAGAUUUUUUGACUCUGUGGUUUUUCUCUAGUUUUUUGUUGUUCUCUUUUUUUUCUGAGGCCUUUAAGUUUUUCUCUGUGUAGCUUCCUUUACCCUUCAUAGCACAGCUCAAAUGGAGCAGUCAUGUUCCAUCAGCGAAAUGGACUUCUUGGGAACAGUUUAUAUAUCAUUUUCUGUUUACAGGGCACUGCGUGACUAAACCUGAGUUGAUCUUAAGGUUGGAGCAUGGAUUCCAGCCAUGGAGCAUAGGAGACACUUCAGUCUGGCGUCUCCCAGGUCAGUGACUGUGAACAGGGGAGGGGAAGUCAACAAGGACGAAUGCUCAUAGGAUAUUGGUCAUCUUGAGCUUGAACCGCCUUCACCAUUUAUUUUAUUCAGUUUCCAAAUGAGGAACUCUGUGUCAGUUUGUGUCCUUUGUUGUUGUUGAAGUCUGUUUUCCUAAAAUUACUUUUGAAAAAUAUUGAUCUUUGUAUAGGUUCUCUCAGACAUUUUUGUUGUUGCUUUGAGACCAGGUCUACUAUAACCCGGACUGCCCUCAAGCUUGCCCACUAUCAGGAGAUGUCGCCGUACCCAGUCUUAUUUCUAUUUGUUAGUUAGAUACGUUGCUUAAAUAUUUUAUCUGAAUUCUUAAUUGUCCUUUCUACCUUGUUUAAUAAUGAAGAUUUCUUCAGUGCUUGGUCUUGAUCUGAGAGUUUGAUAGCAUUAAUUAACACUCAGUUGCAUGUAUUCUUGAAGGGCUUACAUUCAGUGAGAGAAAAGGGAAACGAUCACAUAAUGUACUGGAGCAAGAUGAGAAACACCAAGAGUAUUUACCCAGAGAAAGGCAAAAAAUAAAAAUAAAAAUAAAAAAAAUUAAAAUAAAAAAAAAACGGAUGGAGUUUUAUUUUAAGAAAGGCGUAAAGACACUGUUGAGGAAAUACUCAUUUAUUUUAGUUUAGUGUUAUGAUUACUCUUUUUUAAAAACUGAACUAGCUAUGUGGUGGUAGUGGUGGUGGUGGGACAGUCCUUUGAUCCCAGUACUCAGGAAAGAGAGGCAGUGGAGGCAGGCAGGUCUCUGAGUUCAAGGCAAGCCUAGUUACAGAGUGAGUUCCAGGAUAGCCAGGGCUACACAGAGAAACCCUGUGUUGAAAGACAGACAGACAGACAGACAGACAGACAGAGACAGGGUAGAGGCAGGGAGGAUGUGUGGGGAUGAGGGAGAGGAUGGGGAAGGAGAGAGGGAGAAAGGAUUGUUGAACUAAAUAUAUAUGUGGAUGUCUAUUAAAGGUGUGACAAUGAAGUUAGAAUGGUAAAGACAUUUGGAAUUGGUGGCCUAAAAACAAUCAACUGCUUUUUUUUUUUUUUUUAAAUUAGGAAAGAAAGCUUUGGAAGUUUAAGGAUGGGAUUGCUGAUAAGUUUUUUCUAUGCUAGUGCAUGAAUACCCAAUGUCAUAGUCACAAAUGAGAGAAUGUUUCCCAAGGAGACCAAGAAAGAAAGAACAUUUGGCAUCAAGAAAGGGGCGGCAGGGACAGUAUGCCCUAAAACAGAAAAGCUAUUGGGAAAAGUGUACCCACAUCACAACUUCCAACAGCAAAUCCCACGUGGUAGUGAGCUGAAUGCUGCAUGAUGACCAUAACGUGCAAAGUCCUCUGCUGCUGAUUGACUGGCAUUCUUUGUCAUGGGAGGAACCAGUGGUACUGGCAAGUGUUAGUAAGAGAAGAGACUCCUCUGACAGUCUUGUGUAUUCUGGGUUAAUAGAUUGAAAAACAAACUAAUUGCAUUUAUCCACACGCAGAAUGUUAUAUCGGGGUCUAUCCACUCUUGGGAUGCAUAUAACUAAGAUCAGUCAAAACCUCAGGAGGCUGGGGACAUACUGGCAGUUUCUUUGUGGGCACAAGAAGUAGCCAUGGAAACUUAGAUGGUGGCAGGCUCCUCGAAAGGAGCGUGGAGUAUAAGGUAUGGAGUCUCUCAUUUCUUGUAAGGAGUAUGCCCAAUCCUCACAGAUACUGUCAGAGUGUAAGAAGAGUGGGCCCAGUGUCAGCAAGUUGUUUGGCCUCUACACCAUUUUUCCAUCUUUGUAUGUUUACUGUACCUUAGGAUUUGAGCCUAGGAAUAAGAAUUCAUUAGGCUUUCACAGCUAUCUUUCAACCAGAGCGUGCUCACUGUUUAUUGGGUUCCAGAGGACCUGAGAAACUCAGUCUCCUUACCUUCUUCUGGCUCUAUAAUCUAAUACACUAAAGACACCCCCUGUCAUCUUCAUCAUCUUCUUUCCAUUCCCCUUCCUCCUCUUCCUCUUCCUCCUCCUCCCCCUUCUUCUCUCCCUCUCCUCUCCCUGUCCUCUUCACCCUCCCCCCUUCUUCUUCCUCCUCUUUUUUUAUUUUUGUUUUGCUUUCCAUCGGUGAGUUCAGAAAUACUGAUGUUUCUGAAGAAAUAGUAUUACCAUACUGGCUGACACCCUCAAGAGCCUAGUUUUUAAUGUCACAAAAUGUUCUCCAUGCUUACAUUUUUCCUAUAAUUACUGAUAGUGUUGUAUUUGUUUAAAUUUUUUAAAAUAUUAUUUCUAUGUCUGGUUGGUUCUGUUGCUGUUCUUUUAGCAUUUUGAUUUCUCUCUGCGUGGUGUCAGGAGUUGGAGCGUCAGGUGAACGCUGCUGAGAGUACCUCACCCUUUUUUGUAAGAUGAAGGGUGCUUUCCAUUCCCCAUUCUUCCAAAGUGACAGGUGAGGGCAAGAAAUCCUAAUACACAUGGCAGCAACCAGGCAAACGGUGGUACGUAUUGGAAAAAUGAGAACAUUUCCAACAGUCGAUUCUGAGGAUUUUGGAAAGAGUGGAGUAUUAGGCAUAAAAUGCAAAAGUGAGGUUUUAGUAAUGAUCCAUACACUAACAUAGUAUUCAAGUAAAUAGGUUCAGCAAACAGUGAUAAUGAUAGAAAACACAAGCUUAAAUAACUGUAGAAGGAAGAUCAAUAGGUCAAGCAUUCAUUGGAAAGCAGCCUUCGCUGGAGUAGCCGAGAAAAAUCCACGAGGAAUGAAGAUAAGGUUGAGAAAUGACUGUAGUGAGGGAACCAUACAGGAAAAGGAAGAAUGGUCAGGAGUGCAACAUUUAAGCUCCCUUGUCUAUGGUAAAGAGAUGCAGCCUAUCACUGGGAAAUGAGGAGACGAAAGACACAGGAAAGGUACUCCAUGAACUGUAGCUUAAAAUUGCAUAAAUACAUGGAAAGAACAAAAAACCCAAACCAGAGAACACACAUCCAGGGGCGCAACCGUUCAGAAGCACCUCACGGUUGUAGUUAAGAUGCAACGUACAGAAUAGAGAAAGACACCUUACCACAUACGAGGCAAGUCCCUUUAGCCUGGUAACCUUUUAACUGGAACCCUGGUAGUAGAAAGCAUGGGCUCCUGUAUUUUCAAGCACUGAAAUAAAAUAAUUGCCAACGAAGUUGCCUCUCUUCAGCAGUGUUACCCUGUAAACGGUAAGAUUAGUGAAGAACUACAGAUCUUUCUCCAUGAGUAUAAAACAUAUCACACUGUGAAUAUAAGGGGUACCGUGGAUACUUCAAGAAAUGUUGCACAGAAACAAAAAGGUGAAUGUAAUCAGGGUUUGAGUGAUGGUUCAAGGGUUAAGUGUACUGGCUGCUCUUUCAGAGGACCGGAGUUCAAUUCCUAGCAACUGAUGCCUUUUUCUAGCUUCUGCGGAUACUACAUGCACAUGGCACAUACAUAGGAAAAGCACCCAAACACAUAAAAUAAAUAAAAAUUAAAUCUCAGAAAAAUCAAAACAAUGGAUGUAAUCAAGAGCCUUGAAAAGGAUUAUAAUCCACUAAUAAAAACAUCAGAAUGAAGAAAGUGUUAGACAUUAACUCCAUAAAUUAGCAGACCUCUAACAUGGAGGAGAAAAAAAAAAUUAGUAAUUAUUCUUUAACAAGAUUAAUUGUAACUGAUUUUUCCAACUCAUAGCUGAACACUGACAACCAGGAUUUAAAGAAGAACACUGCAAGCUACUACUUAAAUGUGAGUUUAUAAUACGGGUGAAGGACAGACUGAAACAAAGGAAAACUGUUUUGGAGCAAAUAGAAUAUGAACGAAUUCAACAGUAGCCAUAUUUACAUUAGUCAAAUCAUACUGCAUGCCAAAGUAAACCAGAAGUUUUUUGCACAUGAAAUAUUGGACUAGUGUAUUAUGAUGACCGCUAAUUAAAGAGAAUCUAUCCAAAUUAAUAAAAAAAUGAUGAAAUGGACGAUUUCAUCAGACAUCUUUGAGAUAGAAAAGAUUUCUUAGGAAUAUAUUUUAGAAUGUAUUUUAGUAGUUACAGAAUAGGAAAUUGAACAGACAUGUAUUUGUACAUAAAUAUGACCUUCCAGAAUUCUACAAAAUGAAAUUAAUGUUAUAUCAAUCAAUAAGAAGUGAUGCCAUUGAGGCAACAAUAGGGUGCCACAACUAAUCAAAGCUCCUUGUAAAAUCUCUUUGACUAGUUCUUCUACCAGACAGGUAUAAAAGUACAUGUCUAUGCCCAUCAAGCUGAUUCAUAAAGUGGAAUAGGAAUAUGGUAAUCUUGGAGACUUGCUAUAUUAGAUAUCAGCCAGUAUUAGAUAGCAAGACUAGGUAGGAAUCAGAGAAGAAAAUGUACAUGUAAAAAUCUUCAAUAACAACAGACAACAGAAUUCUUUAAAACAUUAAAAAUAUGCCCCGUGAUAAGUGUCAUUUCAUACCAGAGAUACCAGGUAGUAUAAUUUAUGGAAAACAUUAUAUGUAGUGUGCAUGUAGUUAGAAUUUGGAACACACUCACAUGUUCAUUUCAGUUUAAUGUCUGCUAGAAUUUGGCAUCUCUUCAAAGUUAAAAAAAAAUGGAUAACUUUUUCAAGUGGCCAAAGAAAGGAAUAUGACAACAUAAUAUUACAGUCUGGACAACUAUUUAUACUGAAUAUAAAAAAGGAGAAAACAUUUUGCCUAAAUUAAUAGCAAUACAUAUUGUAUUCCCUCUCAUUUACUUUUUUUUUUUUUUUUUUGAGAACUUCUUAUUUGCACAAAUUAUUUGGUCAAGGUUUCCCUUCCUUUCUUUUAUCCAACUUCUUUCCUAUCCCACUAUCACUUCUCCCUCCCACACUCAUGUGCUCUACUUUUUAAACCCACUGAAUCCACUUUGUGCUACCAGUGUGUGUGAGGGUGGAGGGCCAUUCAUGGAGCUUGAGUGCUCUCUUGGGGGCCAUACCCCUGUAGAAACCUCAACUUUCCAUCACCUAGUAGCUCUCAGUUACCAGUUGCUUCUGAGUUAUCAAUGGGACUUUGUCAGUCCCUUCUUCAUUUAUGUUGGGAUUUUGAUUAGCUUUAUUCUGCAAAGGCUUUAUAUACAUAGUCCUAGCUAUUGUGAGUUCAUGUGUGCAGUGGCGUUGUCUUGGCCUGACAUUGCUGUUUGAGAAAGUUAUCUACCACUUCUGUUCCUACGAUCCUUCCUUUCCUUCUUCCAUGGUGACCCCUGACCUCUGGGAGGAAGGUGUGUACUGCAGAUAUCUCCUUUAGGAUUGGGCACUCUGACAAAUGAAGAGUGACAGCUGCACUAAUAUAUGCAUAUAAAGAUAAGUACUUAGGAGACUCUUUAAUGCUAUAGCUAUAUAGAAAAAGGUUGAAGUAGCUGCUGCCUGACAGCCGGUGACCUACCCAUCCACACGUUCUUGACCCAGUUACAAAGCAAGAGUUCUAUCUCAUGGAGUGUGCCUUAACUCCAACUAGAGUGGAUGGUUGCUCCUUUAAAUCCCAUGCCACUACUGUGAAACUAGGUAUAAAGUAUUAGGCCAGUUAUUAUUGUAGCUCUCAGGGUUCACAGCUGGCUAAGCAUGUUGAUAACUUUUCUUGUAGUAUUGUGAUGGCACUUCCCAGUACUACAAAAGCUAGCCAGCAGGCAUGAAGCUUCAAGAUCAGUAUCAGCUUAAUCUUUCAUGUUUUAUAACUGAAGUUUAAAGUGGCUUCACAAGUGGGGUCUUACCGUCAAGUUCUAGGGAGUAACUAAGAACAGUAGCAAUAUUUUUUAUUGUUGGUGCAGGGGAGGUCUUUGGAAUCAAACUAUCAACACCUUGAAAAUAGAUAACGUCAAAGCACUGAAUAUUUUGUUCAGUAAUAUAUGGUAUCUGGGGCAUUUCAUUUUUCCCUAUCUAAGGUAUCUCUAUUCUAUCUUUCUGUCUGUCUGUCUGUCUGUUUAUCUGUCUAUCUAUUAAUCAGUCAUCUGUCUAUUUAUCUCAUCCAUCCAUCCAUCCAUCCAUCCAUCCAUCCAUCCAUCCAUCCAUCCAUCCCACCUUUCUUUUAGAACCUUUCAAAGUGGUUUCCAUGAGGCUGUUAAAGAAAGGUCUUUUAGUGUUAGUAUCCCACCCUCUGCCUUGUCCUCUCACCCUCACCUCACUGAACCUUACCUUCACCAUUAUUCCCCUUUACUCAUUUAUAACAUUUGUUUUAUAUCUCCCUUUUGGCCUCUUUUUGUUUUCCUGACUUCUAUAGGUUUUCCUAUUUAAGCACAUACAUCUAAAGAUUCAGAGGUCGGAUCCACAUAUGAGAGAGAACUUGGGUCAUCUUUCAGGAUCUGGGUUGUCUUUCAAAGAAUCAUCUAUUUCCAGCUCCAUUUAUUUACCUGCAAAGGUGUUCUUGAAGUUUAUACUCCAAAUGAGAGUUGCCUGGAAAAUGCAGAGAGUCGUAUGUGGCCAGUGGGAAGCAUCAACAGAAAUCUUUCAAAUAAAGAGAUGAUUGAAGCAGAAAUGAAGGUUCAACUGGAACUUCCCCGAGGUACAAAACCCUAUGAGUGUAAACCGUGUAUGAAAAUGGUCAGCCUGCCAUCGCAGUGCAGCAAGCAGCAUGCAUACUAUCCAAGUGUGAAACCAUACGAAUGGAAGGAAUGUCAGAAAGCUUUCUGUUACAAGUCAGCGCUCACUCAACACCAGAGAGCUCGUACAAGAUUGAAGAUCUAUCAGUGUACAGAAUGCAAGAAAGCUUUCUCCUCCAAAUCAGAACUCACUGUGCAUCAUAGAAUUCAUACUGGUGAGAAGCCCCAUGCAUGUGAAGAAUGUGGGAAAGCUUUCUAUCGUAAGUCAACCCUUACAGUACAUCAGAAAACUCAUAGAGGUGAGAAACCUUACGAAUGUAAAGAAUGUUGGAAAGCUUUCUAUUAUAAGUCAACCCUCACUGAACAUCAGCGAAUUCAUACCGGCGAGAAGCCUUAUGUGUGUAAAGACUGUGGCAAGGCUUUCUUCUACAAGUCAAACUUAACUCGCCAUCAUAGAACUCAUACACGUGAGAAACCUUAUGAAUGCAAAGAGUGCAGGAAAGGUUUUUCCUCCAAGUCAGAGCUCACUUCACAUCAUAGAACUCAUACCGGGGAGAAGCCCUAUCAGUGUGAGGAAUGUGGCAAAGCUUUUUACUGCAAGUCAACCCUUCGUGUACAUCAAAAAAUACAUUCCGGAGAAAAGCCUUAUGAGUGUAAGGAAUGUCAGAAAUCUUUCUAUUAUAAGUCAACUCUAACUGAACAUCAGAGAACUCAUACAGGUGAAAAGCCCUAUGAAUGUAAAGACUGUGGCAAGGCUUUCUUCUACAAGUCACAGUUAACUCGCCAUCAUAGAAUUCAUACAGGUGAGAAGCCUUAUGAAUGCGAAGAGUGCAGAAAAGCUUUCUCCUCCAAGUCAGAGCUCACUGCUCAUCAUAGAACUCAUACCGGCGAGAGGCCCUAUGAAUGUAAAGACUGUGGCAAAUGUUUCUAUCGCAAGUCACACUUAACUCUUCAUCAUAGAAUCCAUACAGGUGAGAAGCCCUAUGAAUGUAAAGAUUGCAGAAAAGCUUUUUUCUGCAAGUCAGGACUCGCCCGACAUCUGGGAACUCAUACACAUGGUACUAAUACAAAGAACAGAGAAAAGCAUUUUCCUGCAACUCACAGCUCAGUCAAUAUCAGAAAUGAUAUACAAGUUAGAAACCCUGUGGCUCUAAAUAAUGAAAAAAAACUCUCUACUAUAAAUCACUCCUCAGUUCAUAUGAUGGACUUCUUAGAGUUGAGAAGUCCUAUAGAUGUACAUAAUGCAGGAAAACUUACCUUCUUAACUCAUGCCUCAUUCAAUGUGAAUGAACUCAGGUGAGACACGCUAAUAACAGAGAAGGCUAGAAAGCAUGCAGUCAACCAGGAUCACUUGACAUCAGAGGAUGCCUUACGAAAGAGUACGGCAAAGAACUGGCACAAGGGAGACCUCUCAGUAUCAGAAGACCGUUUUGUCUGGAAAGAACACAGGAAAGCAGCUUAAACAUGGAAAGAAGCUUAUGACUUAAAAGCCCAAAGUUUUGAAUGGUGACUCGGGUCUCUGUUGAAACCUGCAAUGGAACACCCUGAGAAUGUAUAAAAAUCAAAAAACAUUUUCCAGUUAGGCUACCAUAUACGUACUAACCUUGAAAAACAUUUAAGGGACCCUUUUAAAAAACAGGAAAAUUUUGAUGUCAGACCACAGUCUGCAUCAAAAAAAGUCAUACAGGUGAGAGACUGUGUACAAAUAAAUCAUGUAUAGUGGCACUUGCUUAUGUUCCGUUUCAUUGACACAGUUAUUCAAGACUAGGGAACAUCAUAUUCUCUCCAACUCUAGGUGGGCCUAGAAUGUUAAAAGGGCAUGUGUAGAAAUGUGAUAUGUUUCAGAAGUGCUGUUGAGUUAUGUUGGAAAUGACUGACUCUGUAUUAGGUAGGAGGCACUGGCUUAUUCUGUAGGACUGCUAAAGUGAUCUGUGUUAUCUGAUUCUCAUCUCGAAAGAGAAAAUGCGGGAAGUCUUCUGAUGACGUCAUUUUAGUCUGACAGUCAGUGAUGUAGGGGCCCAGACAUUAGCAGUACUUAUUUCCUGAUCUCAGAGAAGCGAUGGCUGAGAGUGGCAACAUUUAUAUCAAAUUAGCAGCACAGGAGAGAUGGAGGUCCAUGGGAUUUGUACCACAGUUUGCAGAUAAAUGAGGGAAUCUAGACCAGUGCUUAAGAUAACAAACCGAGUGAGUGUUAGAGCCAGGAUCAAAUACCCUAUCUCAGCUCAGUGUCGCUUGCACUCACUCUGCACCAUUUCACCUGACCAGAUUUAUACAGCUUGCUCUUAGUGGAUGGAAGGAGAACAGUUUUCAUUAUCAUUUUCCAACUCUGGGAGAAGAGAAUCUAAAUAAUAGUGUCCUGACUCUUUUAAGCCAAGCAACAGCCAGCUCCGAGAAUUCAGCUGUGCCCCCUUGCAGAAGCUCAUCACAACUGGGCUUAUUGAUGGUUUAUACUCUCGUCUCCUCCCAGCAUCCAACUGCUCCCUACCAACUGGCAGCUCUGCAGACUGCCUAGAGAAAAGAUUUAGAGUAAGUGCCAGGAAACACUAGGGAAGUAGCCACAGCCUCCAUCUAUGUUGUUUUGGAAAAAAAAAAUCCCAUUCCUGCUGAGUAAGUCAUUCCAGAUGCCACCCACUAGGGGUGGUGUACUCAUACCCUUGGAAGUAACCCUUACUCACGCUCUGUAAGGAAGCCAAAUAAAGUCAUUGAUAUAUUUAUGAACUUUGGAAUGACGGCUCUGUUUGUUAUUAGUACCUUAGGGGAAGGGGUAGAGAUUGCUUUACAUCAACCCCCGGGAAGGAAUUUAUAUCAACAUGGAGUCACCAUUAGCAUGCCCCUGUAUCUUUGUGAAGGAUUACGUGGCUGUCAGUGAUCCUGGAGUCAGAGCUAUGGGACAAGGAGUCUGUCCCAGAGGCUUAGGAGGAAAUCUCAAAAUCUCAGUACAUAGGAAAAGGCCUUCCAGAAGAGUCUCAGAUCUGAGCUUACGAUUUAGAUGCAUAUUGUCUGCCCCUCAGAGUGACAUAAUCUUGACAAGAUACAAACCACCCAACCUUUAAGAUGCCUGGAGUGUACAGAAGUAUGACAUUUUCACAGACUUGUAGUUAGUUUCUAGUAUGGGUAGGUAAAAGGUACCAUGUAUUCUCCCUAAAUCUGAGAAAAACUGGUGGCUAGUGCUUAGCUUACUAUGUGAGUCCACACGCUCCCAGCCUGAGUUCAGCAGUUUAGAAUUAUGACCAGUUUUUCUUUUAGAGAAAAGCCUGGCCACUCUUUUUCCACAUACAUCUGACUAUACAAGGUCCUGGAAAUAGUGCAAAUGGUAGAGGGUAUGGCAGCUAUGAUGUAAGGGGGAUUUGGAUAGACUUUGGCUGCUUGCCCACUAGGGCAGUAUUACAUAGUUUUGAAAAAAUGCAGCUAGAGGUUUUAUAGUUUAGGGUAGGAAUGGGAGUGUGGUAGUCAUGUUACAGCUUGCCCUAUUCACUUACUAGGCUUUCAAAGAUAAACAUCAAAAUGUAUCAAAGAUAAAUUUCAAAAUUACACAUCAGGAUCAAAAGAGGGUUUGUGAAUGGGACUAGAAGCAUAGACAACUUUGUGUGUGUGUGUGUGUGUGUGUGUGUGUGUGUGUUCUUGUGUGCACACAUUCUUUGUAAACUCGAGAAUAAACAUCAAGAGUAAACAAUGGUUUAUAUCCUUUCCUAUACUAAAGAAGGCUCUAACAAGAAGUCUGAGAGGACAUCAUCUACUUGCCAUCACCAGUGCCUUGUAACAUUCUCAUCAAGCACAAAAGUACUUAAUCCCAUGAUUAAAUGAGCAUGGAGCCAGAAAAGAGACAUGUCAAGCUAUAUUUAAAGAAAUAGAGCAAUCCUUUCAGAGGGCUUACCUAAAACCAUUGGCAAAUAGAGAUAUUUAUAUCAUGAUUCAUAAUAGUAGCUAAAUACCAUUAUAAAGUAGCAAUGGAAAUAAUUUUAUGGUUGGCUGAUAAGAGCUAGCUAGUGUCUGAAUUCCAUAGGAUUAAUUAGUAAGACUCCAGGAUACAGCAGUUAAUGUGCAAAAUGUUUAGAAGUUCUUUCAAAGUUAGGCAUUCACUUAUCUUACUCAGAGAACAAAAACCUUGAUAGUUACUGAUGUAACUAAAAGCUGAAUCUUUAAACAAAUAUCCACCCUACUAUAUGUGGAGAUAUUCCUGUUUCAAGUUUUAAAUGUCAACCAGGAUGUUGGGAGAAUGGCAGUGGAUAGACUAUAGUAGACUACAGUAAGACUAUGUAUGGCAUACUCAUUGAAGAAGUGAUGGGAGGUGCUGAGUUAAGUAACAUUAGAGGCUUGCAACUAUGUCCUCCAAAUAUCAGACUGCACAAACUACUCCAGUUGCCAGAUAUGUUAUUUACUAACGGUGUACAAGUUUGCAAGUCAAGGUCCUCUUGGAAAGGAAUACAUUAUAGAUAAGUGGGACUAAUUCCUACAAUCUCAAUGAGCAAUUUGUAAAUAAAAUGAAAAUACUCUAGCAAACGCUGUGCCAGUGUAUAACUGGGAUCAUCAAUGUGAACCUAUCCCUCUUCCACACUUUAAUCACUUUGUGAAUGUAUUUCCCUGCACUCGCUUUGAACCAAUACUGAUAUGUUCUCUUGGGUUAUAAUCAUGCACAUGAAUACUUAUUUCUGUAUUGUAUUGUUAGUAGGAGAAUAUCAAAUAUAUUUACCAGCUAAUUUUACUCAAUGAAUAAUAAUUUAUCAUUAAAUUUUUAUUAAUGAGUACUUAUUCUAACUCUUCACAGUUUGGGCUUUUAAAGAUUUUUUUCAAGUUAAAAUAUAUUCUUUUCCUCCUUCCCUUUCCUACAUUCAACCUUCCCCAAGUACUCCUUGCUCUCAAAUUCAUGCUCUCUUCAAUUUUUAUUACAGAUGUGUGUAAAUAUAUAUAAUAUACAUAUAUGUAUUCCUAAAUAUAAAUACAGUCUCUUAAAUCUG